UUGAUGAUGCAUGUUCCGGGCUUCAUUUUUCGCCGACUGUGUACAAACCUAAGACAGAUUCCUUCUCAAUGCACGCGGAAGUUGUCUGUCGUUAACAUUUCCCCCGACCGAGAAGCUGUCUAUACAUCUAAGUUGGAACUUAGAAGACCGGAACUAGAAGAAAUAAUGCCAGUAUACCGUGUGCUGACCAAAGAUGGUACGGCCUUUUCCCCCGAAGUAGAGCCACAGCUCGAAAAAGAUCAUGUAUUGAAAAUGUUCAAAACGAUGGUUAUGUUAAACACUAUGGACCGCAUUAUGUAUGAAUCGCAACGCCAAGGACGUAUCUCAUUCUACAUGACAAACUACGGUGAAGAAGCAUGUCAGAUUGGAUCCGCCUCGGCUCUUAAUCCAGAUGAUUUCAUUUACGGACAGUAUCGCGAGGCAGGUGUGCUCAUGUGGCGUGGCAUGACUUUGGAACAGAUGAUUGAUCAACUCUACUCAAAUGUUGGUGAUUGUGAUAAGGGGAGACAAAUGCCCGUGCACUACGGAUCCAGGGAUUUACAUUUUUCUACAAUCUCCUCACCGUUAGCCACCCAAAUACCCGUCUGACGCAUCCAAGGUGUGAUGUAUGCGGCAAACCAUCCUUCACUCCUUCCACUAAUUUCCACAUCUCUUCUACCACAAAUAGCGGUUGGCUCUGCCUAUUCCUUCAAGCUAAGCCGCAACGGACGUGUGGUUGUCUGUUACUUUGGUGAGGGGGCAGCGUCAGAGGGAGACGCGUUCACCGCACUAAAUUUCGCCGCCACGUUGGAUUGUCCGAUCAUCUUCAUUUGUCGAAACAAUGGCUAUGCAAUCUCAACACCGGUGCGUGAACAAUACAGGGGUGAUGGAAUAGUUUCCCGGGCCCCCGCACUCGGCAUAGUUGGUGUUCGCGUUGAUGGCAAUGACUUGUUCGCCAUGUACAAUGUCACCAAAGCUGCACGUCAUCUGUGCAUCAACGAGAGUCGACCGGUGUUGAUCGAAGCAAUGACUUACCGGGUUGGUCACCACAGCACUAGUGACGACAGUUCUGUCUAUCGUUCGGUUGAUGAGGUGAACUACUGGGAUAAGUCCAACAACCCAAUUCUGCGGGUGCGCAACUAUCUCGUGCGGAAAGAGUGGCUUACGGAAGAGGAAGAGAAACAAAUACGUGCUGAUUGCCGUAAACAGGUGAUGACCGUGUUCGGGAUCUCGGAGGCUAAGAAGAAACCGAACCCAGCUUUGAUGUUUUCCGACGUUUAUGACACUAUGCCACCUAGAUUGCAUCGACAAAUGCUUGCAACAAAGGAACAUGUUGACAGACAUACAGACGCCUACCCUCUCAAUGCCUUCGAACCAUUCAAUACGUCUGCAGUGGACUAGGCCCCAACCCCCCUCAGUCUUAGUCACCGGUCCCCUUUGCAACCAUGUGGUUGUGUUUUCCGUUUGACUUGUUCUUGGGUUGCUUUCUUACGGUUUGCUACCUAUUUUCUGAUGGUGUAUUUUUAUUCACUACUUUUUAUUUUUUUCAUCUGAUUAUCAUUGUAAUUACUAAAGUGAAUGGAAAUACCACAAUUCAAUAAUCGCUCACUCUGCUUUUAAGAAACGCUGCUCUUGUAUUUUCCACUACAUCUGCGUAUGACUUGAGUAAACGCCAACUCCCGACCAG